AUGAGACUACUACUACCCAAAAGGAUUCAAACAAGGACAUUCCAUUUCACUCGAAUACUUCAUGAAAACCCUCUUGAAUUAUAUAACCGAAGAAUUGAAAGUGGUAGAUUAAGAGAUGAUCCUUAUCAACGAAAAAUUAUCACAGAUUUAUCAUUAUUACAUACAGCAUUAAAUGACUAUAAACCACCAAAAGUAACAACCCCGUCAGUUGAAGAUUUAAAACCAAAAGUUGGAGUAAGUAAAUUCAUAAGCAAAUUAUUCCCUAGUAGUAUUAAAGAACCUGAUAUUGAAAGUUUAUUAGAAAAAGAUAAUGAAGUUAAAGGUAUUUAUUUAUAUGGAGAUGUAGGAUGCGGUAAGACAAUGUUAAUGGACUUAUUUUAUGACACUGUACCCCAACAUUUACCUAAGAAGAGAUUACAUUUCCAUCAAUUUAUGCAACAUUUACACAAAAGAUCACAUCAAUUGAAGAUUGAACAUAAUCAUAAUGAUUUAGAUACUAUACCAUUAUUAGCCAGUGAAAUUAGUCAAGAAUCAACAGUAUUAUGUUUUGAUGAAUUUCAAGUUACUGAUGUUGCUGAUGCUAUGUUAUUACGUAGAUUAAUGAUGAUAUUAUUAAGUCCAGAUUAUGGAGUUAUAUUGUUUGCAACAUCAAAUAGAGCUCCUGAUGAUUUAUAUUUGAAUGGUAUUCAAAGAAAAUCAUUCAUUCCAUGUAUUAAAUUAAUUAAGAAACAAACUCGAGUUAUUUAUUUAAAUAGUCCAACCGAUUAUAGAAAAAUCCCCAGACCAAUUUCAUCAGUUUAUAAAUAUCCCAAACCUGGAGUUAAAUAUGAUUCCAAACUGUUUCAAACAUCCAAAACUAAGCAUGUUACAGAAUGGUAUGAAUAUUUUAAUAAAGAAAAUGAUGAUAAACAAAUUAAUGAAAAUUUUGAAUUGGAAGUCUGGGGUAGAAAAUUAAAUGUUCCCAAAUGUUCAUAUCCAUAUGUUGCUCAAUUCACAUUUGAAGAAUUAUGUGGUAAACCAUUAGCAGCUGGUGAUUAUUUAACAUUAGCAACAUCAUUUCAAAGUUUUUUAAUCACUGACAUUCCUUAUUUAAGUAUUGAAGUUAGAGAUAAAGUUAGAAGAUUUAUCACAUUUUUAGACGCAAUUUAUGAUAACCAUGAUAGAAUUGCUGUUACAGCAGCAUCAAAUUUUAAUGAUUUAUUUGUUGAACCUGAAGAUUUAAAGAAAGGUAAUUUCCAAUUAUAUAAACAUCAAGAAUCUAAAGGUGAAGAAGAAACAUUUGAAAAUGAUGAAUUAGUAACAAAACAUGGAUUCGAUAAGAAAAUAGCUAAAAAGGCAUCGAUGUUUGCAAAUGAUGAAGAAAGAUUUGCAUUUGCUAGAGCAUUAUCAAGAUUAAGUCAAAUGAGUACCACAGAUUGGAUAGAAAAUGUUAGACCUUUGAAUUUACAAGGGGAAAAAUUUUGA